AUGCAAAUUACAUCAGCCAUUGCGUUAUUCGUUGCUGGUGCGGCAUCUGUCGCUGCCGCUGCUGCCCGUAAUAUCACUUACAAUGUCGUGUCACUUCAACCCGACAACCAAACUAUUGCUGUCAUUGUCGAUGAUCAACUAUACCCACUUACAUCAGUCAGCAAAAAGUCGCAAUUGCUUCACACUGGCGAUGCACCUGCUGCUGCCUCAGGUUACAGAUAUGCUGUCAUUGACAAGGCCAAUCCAUCCAACGUGAUUGACCAAGAGAGCUUUACUCGUCAGCCUGUUACUGACGACAAGACAUUGAACGAGUACUAUGGAAGAUCUUGGAACACCAUGAACCUUACUCAACUCCCUACCAUCAUGAGCCCUCUUCCCAUCAUUGAUCGUAUCAAGUCGAAGCUUCAUAUCGAUGGAGAGAUCCCUACUAUCCACAUUACUGGUAAUCAAUCAGCUAUUGAUAACAUGCACAAACAGCAGUACGCAGAUAUCGAUGUCAAGGGAUUAAGCAUGACGUACAUUAGUCCGCAUGAUGUGCAAUCUUUUGAAGAUGUCACCUUUGCUGUUUCAGGCUUCAGUACUCGCUCACUCCCUAAACUUUCCUACAAGCUUCAAUUGUCCAAAGAUGGAGAAGACCUCUAUCACUACCGUCGUUUCAAGCUGAGAUCCAUGGCCAUUGACUUUUCGUAUAUGAGAGAGGGGCUGGCCUAUGCUAUUGCCGAGUCCAUUGGUCUCCCUGUGGGUCAAUACAGUUAUGUGCGUCUGUUUCUGAACGACCAACCAUUAGGCUUGUUUGGCUUUCUCGAUAAUUUCAAGGAUCCAUGGCUUAGAAAUGUGUUUAAUGGAGGCGAAAAGAAGGGAUUUGAUCAAGGUGCUCUCUACGUAGCCAGGCCCAACUACAAUGCCAAUCCUUCUGUGCUUCUUGAAGUUCUAGGCAAUACUACUGCCAACCCAUCGCCAACCAACGCUGAUAAAGUGGAGCUCAGCAGCACCAUGCAACUCUCCAAUUCAGAUUUAACUUAUCUGGGCGACAACAUUACUGCAUACACACAACAAUACUCUGUUCGUGAGAAUCCUUCUUCUGGCAGCGCCAACUUUACUCGUGUCAUGGAGCUGUGUAAAUUCAUCUCUGAGCAAUCCAACACGACUUUGGACAAUUCUUCAGUCGAUCUAUGGAAUGAAAAGAUUGAUGUCACUAGUUUCUUGCGUGGUAUCGCUUUUGAGGUUGUCACUUCUCAGUCAGAUGCUUACCUGGCCAAUGGUAACAACUACCUCUUGUACGAUGACCUUGAAAACGAACGCAUUGUGUACAGCAACCAAGAUUUUGACAUGUCGAUGGGAACCGCCUUCUUCAGCGCUGAGACUAUGCAUGGUGGCAACUACACUCGUUUCCCUGGCUUCCUUCAACGUCCCUUGACAUCCCGUCUACUUGCAGUGCCUGAAUUCAAGAGAGAAAUCCACGAUCUGAUAUACAACUUUACCAGAGACCUGGUCAACCCCGAUAUUCUGAAUCCUCGUAUUGAUGAUUUGUACACGUUCUUGGAGCAAGAUGUUGCUUGGGACAAGUCGUUGCCUCGUGUUGGCAACAAAAGUCUGUUUGACGCCAUCGACCCUAGUUUCAACUUUAAUCAAAUUCCAUUCAUGUUUGGUCUCAAUGGCACCUUUCCCGAUUCCACCACCUCCAGCUUUAGUCUUAGUCUCAAGAACUGGCUUGAACUUCGCAGCACCAACUUGAUGAAGUUUUUCAAUGAGACCAGUAACCAAAAUAAUUAG